AUGCGGGGCACGAGCUGCGUGGGCGGCGGGGGUGAGAGCCCGGGCGGCUCGGGCCUGAGCGAGGGCCCGCGGGGCCGCUGGCUGCGUCUGGCCCCGGUCUGCGCCUACUUCCUCUGCGUCUCGCUGGCCGCCGUGCUGCUCGCCGUCUACUACGGUCUCAUCUGGGUCCCCACGCGGGCCCACGCGGCCCCCGCCGGGCCGCCGCCCAGCGCCCCGGCCCCUCCGUGUGCCGCGCGCCCGGGCGCGCCGCUCGCCCCGGCACCCGCCGCCGCCGCCUCGGUGUCCUGCGUCCUGGGAGCCCCCGGCGGGCCGAGACCCCAGCUCGAGCUGCCUCGGAGCCGCCGGCACAGCGACCCCAGCCGCCGCCAGCCACCGGGGGAGACGCCGCAGGCCGCGGGUGGACCAGGACCCGGGUGACGCUCCCCCCCAGCCCUGCCCGGACCGCAGGCGCAGCAUCCGUCAUCCUCAAGAAUGGGGCCGGAAGGGAGAUGCUGGGGGUCCCCUCUCCCCCACAGGCUUCUGAGCGCAGAAGCUGCCGCCCACCGCCCUCCUCCUGAGCCUCUUGUCCAUCUGUAAUA